GGGUAUUUCACUCUUCAAGUGUCGUGGCUGUGGGUGGUUUUUAGGCAGAUUUGUUGACCGUUGAUAGCGUUGGAGCUCAUCUCAUCUCAAACCUGCUGAGUACUAAAUUUUCAAGCAAUUUUGGGCCCGGUAGCAUGUGCUAUACAAAUAAGGGGCCAAAUUGUUGUUUUAGCGUGUAAACCAAAAUAGAAGUGGCAGCGAUUGGUUUGUAUACUACCACCACCACCUCUUUCAUCAAUUCGAAGAAGUCGGUACUCAAGGAGCUGGCACUAAGGAGUGGAUUACACAGAGAAGAGCAGACAGUGGUGGGGCGGAGAUAAUACGUAUGAUGAUUAGGAGACAGCUGAGUGGCAUUCCAAGGGUGAUCACGUUCCCUGGACAGGGCCAAUUGAUCCAGCCUGCUUUGCUGGGGCAACUAGAACCGUUCCAUAACAGGUCAAAGAUCUCCAUACCUAAGGUGUUGCGCGAUAGACUGUUCCAAGGAGACCCGCUUGAGUUCCUACGGAGUAGCGCAAACUUACAGCCUUCUGUUGUGUACACGUCGCUGCUGAUUUUGGAACUGAUUGCCUCCAAUGGCAAGCCCCUUGAAGGUUCUUACCUGAUGGGCCAUUCUUUGGGCGAGCUGACGUGUCUUAUAGCCAACGGUGUGAUCCCGUCAGAGCUGGGCAUACACAUGGCGCACUCUAGGGGCAAAUUCAUGGAGGAGUGCUGUCCAGACAAGAACAAGUAUGGCAUGACUGCCUUCAUCUUCAAACAUGCACAGGGGAACUUGGAGAUCAUCAAGGACCGCGUGUCUCAAUAUUCCUCGCUAGCCAUCGCCAACUUCAACUGCGACACGCAGUGCGUUGUCAGCGGAGAACUGGACGAGCUCGCCACUUUGACCAAGCAGCUAAAGAGCGACAUCAAGGCAAAGGGCACCAAACUACAGGUGCAGCUGCCAUUCCACAAUGAGAUCCUAGCUGAUGCUAAGCGCAGAUUCAGAGAACUGAUAUCCACACAGUGUGACAUCGACAAGGACAAGAAGUUGGAGCUGCCAAUUGUUUCCAAUCUCACUGGCGAGUUAUCCUUUACGCACGGCGAAGCUCUCGACAACUUCCUGGAGGAUUUCACCAGGCCGGUCUUGUUCAGCAAAGGCUUACAAUUCAUGCUUGAUACAGAUGUCUCCUUUGUUAACAUCGGACCGAACGCUAAAGUCAUCCAAGCUCUGGCGAGAAAGAUGGAUACAAAGGGUAACCUAGCGUCAAAUAUCAACCUCGAGACACAACAAGACUUAUCGCAGUUGUAUUAAUUGGUUUCGAAACCACUGCAAAAAGACC